AUGAAUGCAAUCAGACUCACUAUCGACAACUCACCGUCUCUUCCUCUGUGGUCAUCACCCAAUGGUGAGCAUAUUACCGAAUCUAUUCCAUUACUUGAUCAGCCACUGUCUUCUCCAAGCGCGAGAAGGAGUUACUUUUCAAAUAAAGAAAAUCGGGAGCAACAGAAGAUCAA